AUUUUUUUUGGGUUACAAUUAUUAUUAUUUACUGAAUAUACAAAAAAAGUAAUAAGAUAAAUCUAUUUAGAUAAUUAAUAAAUGUCUGAAUAGAAUUUCAAUAACAGGAGAUAAUCGAACAUUUAUUCUAAAAAUUAUCUACUCUUAAGCAGUCCUUAAGAUGCUCAAGAUUUAGUUUGGAUUCUAAACAAGAAAAUUAAAAGUGAACAUGAAACAUAAUUGAUAAAGAAGUCUUUUCUAAAAUUGCCUUUUUUUGAAGAGAUGCAAAAAUAUUUUGGGGAGGAUUUACUUGGCAGGUUGUUUAUCAAAAGCAAAGUUGAGAAUUUUAACUCAGGAGACUACUUACUCAAAGAAGGUAGUUGCUCUGAUGAAAUGUACAUCAUUUUAGUAGGCAAAGUAGCAAUCAAGAUAUAAGGAGAGUCUUAAAAUCAAAGAGAGGAUUUCAAUCCUUAUUAAGAAGAAAUGAAUACUUAAAUAGAAAAAUUUAUGAAUAGACAAGAUUUGUAUAAAAAAUUUAUUUAAAAUCGUAAGCAUUAGCUAGAGGAAAACUAUCAAAAAAUACUUAAAAGAAGAUAGGAAUUGAUUGAAGAAAAUGAUAAAAGAAUAAAAGAAAAAUAAGAAUGGGAAGAUCAAAAAAUAAAAUGGGGUUUAGUUGUUAAGCACUAAAAUAGAAGAAAAUUUUCAGUAUAUUCUAAAAGAGAAAACAAUUAAAAUCAAAUCGAUUUAAACAAUCAAUUCAUAUUCUAAAAAUACAGGUUUGAUGGUAUUUCUCCUAAUCAUAAGCAAGGAUUGACAAUCAAUUAUAAAGGAGAAGCAGUUUAGGAUAAUUUGUUGAAAGUUUAUACUGAAAAUUCAUCUAAAAGGGGUAAAAAAAAGAAGAUUAAUGAAGGAUUCUAAGAUUAUCUUUAGAUGGUUUAGGUGAGAAAUUCAUAUAAUAUUUCUUUAAAUCCUACAAAUAAAGAAGAAGAAUAAAUAAUGGACCAGUCUCCAAAGGAAAAAAUUAUUAAGGUUUUGGAGUAAGGUGAGUAUUUCGGAAUGAAUUCAUUGUAAGAAAAUAAAAUUUAAGAAUACAGUGCAAUUGCAUUAACAAAUGUAAGUGCUGCUGCUAUUUCUAAAAAUUUAUUUGAAGAUGUGUUAUUCAGCUUUUUUGAAAAGAACCUUUCUAAAGAAAUCAGCUUUUUAAGAGAUAUUUCUAUUUUUCAGACUUUAAAAUAAUAUGAGCUUGAUUACAUUCAUAUGCAAAUUAUUAGCAAAGUUCUAGAAAAAAAUGCAUUCGUUUACAAGAAAGGAGAUUCAUCCUAACAUUUAUUUAUCGUUCUUGAGGGGGAAGUAGAGAUUUGUUAUGUUGGAGAUGAAGAAGAAAAAUAAAUUAUUCAAACAAAUUCUUAAAAAGAUAACUUGCUAAAUUAAAAUUCUCCUUAAAAAAGGGAAUAUCCUGUUGCAAUACUGGGUAAAGGUGCUAUUUUUGGAGAAAGUGAAAUUCUAAAAAAUUCAGAGAGAAAAUCAGAAGUCAAGGUGGUCUCAUAAAAAGCCCACUUUUAUUUACUUCCUAAAGAUUAUGUCAAUAUUUUGCUUGAAAAGUAAGAAUUUAAGUAAGAGCUGGAAUUUUAAAGGCAGUUAAAAUCUCAAUGUAGAAAGAAACGUUUAGACCAGCUAAAAAACAUUGAAAAAGAAGGAGAAAUAAGAAAAAAUUAGAUAAAAUACUAACUUUUUAAGCUUAAAUAAACUAGCAGCACUGAAGAUUGUUUGUCCACUUAAAGAAAAUUAAUUUAAAAUAAUUCAAACUUAUUACCUAUCUUACCAGCAAAUUAUACUGCUAGAGAAAUUAACAAAUCCUAAGAAAAUAGUGCCAGGUUGCAAAAAUAAGAUGAUGAAGAUAAUCUUGAAAAUCAUUUAGAACUAUAUUAAACUGUUCCUUAGAAGUCUAGCAAUAACCUAGAUGGACUUAAAUUAGCAAUGAAUAAAUUCAAUUCUAUUGACUUUAAUGAUAAUAGAUUAUACGAUUUUUGUUAACCUAAAUUCGGCUCCGUUAAUAGCGUUUAGAUACACCCAAAAAAAUAACUUCCAAAAAUAUAAAUUUUAUUUGACUAAAUUUCAAAUAAGGUAGAUAAAAGAAGCUACUCAUAUAGAAACACUUAGAUUCUACAAAGAGAAAGAUAAUAUAGUUAGCCAUAGAUAGAUUUAAGCUAUUUGAAUAGAAAUCAUAAUUAAAAUAGUCAACUAUAACUCUCAAAUUCAAAUAAAGUAGCAGAAAAAGAUGAAUAAAAUUAAAACUAAAAAUAAAAUAGAUCUAUUUCUUUAAAUAACUAGCUGCCUUAGAAUAGCUAAAAUUAACUAAUUAAAGAAACGAAUAAGUAAACAUAAAAUAUCAACAACAACCACAAUAAUAAUAAAACAAUAGAUUAUGGUUAUGACAUGCCAUUUGAAAAUGUUUAUAUUAAAAAAUAAUUAUCAAUUUAAACAUAAAAUUAACAAAAUAGCAUCAACAAUUAUAAUUUACUUGAAUAAAAGCCUUAAAAAUAAUUCUAAAUAAAUGAUAGCAAUAAAAUAGUUAACCAAAAAAGAAAACAAUCACUUGAAAAAGCACUUUCUUAGUCUUUAGAUCAAUCAAAACAACAUAAUUAUAAUAAUUUUUAGAAAAAUAAUGCUGAAUAAAUAUAGUAUUAAAAAUCUAGUUCAUUAUCAUAAGAGGAUUAUAUAGAAAAUGAUGUAAUCAAUUAUUAAAUACCCAUUUCAUCUAGUCCUAUUCCUUAGCUUAAUAGUAUAGAAAAAGACGAUGACUUAAGCUUAUAAGGUGAGGCAUAUGCUUAUUUGAAGAAAGUAAAAAAGAUCCCAGAUCAUCUGAAUGUAAUUCCUAGCUCUCCUCCUAAAAUUGACCCAUUGAGACCAAAAGACAAAUAAAUUUUUGUAAGAAAACCUAUUUUAAAUAAAAUAAAAAAACGAGAAAUAAAAAUUGAUAAAGACAAAGAUAGACUUCCCUAGUUCUUUGAAAGAUCUAUUUAGUAUCAAAAGUCUGUCAUGAAUAUGCUGAACUAUGAAAGACAGAGAGCUAUGAUUCAAAUUAAUUAUGAGAAUUCAAAGUCAAAAUAAAAUAUUUCAAAACAGACAUUAAAUUAAUGA